AUGUAUGACCGCCCAGGAGACCUGUCCUCCCCCUGGGCCGUGUACCAGUGGGCAGCCAGCGCGGGCAUCAUCUCCAGCCCGAACACCAGUGAGGAUGCCCAGCCGUUUCACUGGGCAGAGGCCGUCGAGGUGGACAACACCACCCUCUCUGAGGGCCCACCAACCCCCAAUGAUGAUAAAGUUCCAGCAGCUGCCACAGGCUGGACCGAGGUGGACCCUGGCCUACAGAGCUCACAGUUCCUCACUGAGGCUGCAAUCUGGCCAUUCGAUACAGAACAAGCAGUGUAUUAUUGUGCCGUGCUGGCAGGCCCUGUGGACUUCACUUUGGGAAUUCCCUGGGCUCCUGGCCAGGACUCUUGCCUGUACCAUGAGAGGCCCCAGCGCUGGGCCUGUGCCAUUGAAGCAUCUGAACCCUGCAGUCCUAAGGCAGACAAGGAGGCAGAACAGGAAGGUGACACCUCGAGCGAAGCACUGCCUGAUGAGGAGGUGGUUGUGGAGGAGGGGGACGUGUCUGGAGAUUGUAGUGGUGUCCAACACGGAACAUCCCAGAAGACUGCCUUGAAGAAAUCUGCUAUCCCCUCCUGUGACAUCUUUGUGAGGGGGCCUCACUGGCUCAUGCUCACGGAAGCUUACUACCAGGAUAUUGAUCCCCUGUCUGCGUGGCCCAGGGUCUUUAACACACAUCAAUAUUUCUUUUCUGAUGUGCUUCUUGGAAGUUUUGUCGUGAAGAACCAUUGUCCGUCCUUUAGUGGAAGUGUAACUUCCUACCAGCUUUCGAAGUCUUCACUUCAGAAGGAGCCAUCAUGUAGCAGCCUCCACCCUCAGGGUGGUUCUAUUGAGGAACCACCCAGUCAGACAUGUGGUAGCAGAGGGUGGCUCUUAUCAUCCACCAGAAUUUUAUUUAAAGUGCUAACGAUCAUCUAUGAAGGUCCCCAGAACAGUAUGUGGUUCUAGUGGAAAAAGUCUGGAUAACUUAAUAAAUUGGCUAUGUUUCAUCAACUAUAUCGAUUAUCUAUUUUGUUGUCUAUGUUGUUUAUUGUCAAAAAUGCAUAGAUGAUUAACACAAGCACCUGGGUUUCAGGUUUUCUUCUGAAACCGGUAGGCAGGUUUGGUUUUAUGCCCUGAGACAUUCAAACAAGAAAGGCCAUGACUCUAUUGUGGCCCAGGGUCAAAAUCUGGAAACAUGAGAGUCGCCUCAUCUUGGCUCAGUCCCCUUUGCUU